GGUGUCUGCCUGGUAUCUGCAGCAGCCUCUGGGCUGCUCGCCUGCAGGACAAAUGGAAGCCGGAGACCCGAAGGAGCCCAGCUCCCAGCCCCCUCCGCCAACUGCUUGUCUUCCUCCAGGAACGACGCGAGAGGCCAGAAGUAGAUUUAGUUGAAUCUUUCUGCACCAUUUCAGUAGGAUUUAUUCAGAUCUGCUUAGUAAAUUCCUUCUGUAGGAAACGUUGGGAUGGUCCAGCUGUACAGUGUUAAACGGCUUUUAUGAACUCAGUUUCAGAGUGUGCAGUUAACUAGGAGUUAGAGAUCAUCUUGAUUCUCUUUCUUUGAAUUAUGGCCAGUAUUUCUGUGUUUUACAGGACCUUUUAUUCAGUAGAAAUGCAUCGAACAACCAGAAUCAAGAUCACUGAGCUCAAUCCCCACCUAAUGUGUGUGCUUUGUGGAGGGUACUUCAUUGAUGCCACCACCAUAAUAGAAUGUCUACAUUCCUUCUGCAAAACGUGUAUUGUGCGUUACCUGGAGACCAGCAAGUACUGUCCUAUCUGUGACGUCCAAGUUCACAAAACCAGGCCACUGCUGAAUAUAAGGUCUGAUAAAACACUUCAAGAUAUCGUAUACAAAUUAGUUCCAGGGCUUUUCAAAAAUGAAAUGAAGAGAAGAAGGGAUUUUUAUGCAGCUCAUCCUUCAGCUGAUGCUGCUAAUGGCUCUAAUGAAGAUAGAGGAGAAGUUGCAGAUGAAGAGAAGAGAAUUAUAACAGACGAUGAGAUAAUAAGCUUAUCCAUUGAAUUCUUUGACCAGAACAGAUUGGAUCGGAAAGUAAACAAAGACAAAGACAAGUCUAAGGAGGAGGUGAAUGAUAAAAGGUAUUUACGAUGCCCAGCAGCAAUGACUGUGAUGCACUUAAGAAAGUUUCUCAGAAGUAAAAUGGACAUACCUAAUACUUUCCAGAUCGACGUCAUGUAUGAAGAGGAGCCUUUAAAGGAUUACUAUACACUAAUGGACAUUGCCUACAUCUAUACCUGGAGAAGGAAUGGCCCACUUCCUUUGAAAUACAGAGUUCGACCUACUUGUAAGAGGAUGAAGAUCAGUCACCAGAGAGAUGGACUGACAAAUGCUGGAGAACUGGAAAGUGACUCUGGGAGUGACAAGGCCAACAGCCCAGCAGGAGGUAUUCCCUCCACCUCUUCUUGUUUGCCCAGCCCCAGUACUCCAGUGCAGUCUCCUCAUCCACAGUUUCCUCACAUUUCCAGCACCAUGAAUGGAACCAGCAGCAGCCCCAGUGGUAACCACCAAUCUUCCUUUGCCAAUAGACCUCGAAAAUCAUCAGUAAAUGGGUCGUCAGCAACGUCAUCUGGUUGAUUCCUGAGACUGUUAAGGAAAAAGUUUUAAACUCCUGAUUUAUAUAGAUAUCUUCAUGCCAUUACAGCUUUAUAGAUGCUAAUACAUGUGACUAUCGUCCAGUUUGCUUUCUUUUGUAGUGACAUUAAAUUUGGCUGUAAAAGAUGGACUAGAUGUGAUACUCGUAUGGACAUUAAUUGAAAAGAAAGAUUAUUCCUAUAAAGAAUUGGAUUCUGGGAAGGCA